CACGUUCGUUCGCGGACUACUUGCGGGCUGCAGCGAGCAGCCAUGAUACGAAAGAUGCAACCUUCGUUUUCAUCGGGGGCUGCCAAGAACAAGUCAAAGAGAAAGGUGACCGAGACAGUGGAUCUUACAGGUGAUGACGAGCUUCCAACAACACAUCGAGCAAAAGUUCCCAGGCCGAAUUCUUCCUCCUUGUCCUCUCAGCAAGGCCGGUCACAUCUGCCAACACCCCCAUCGUCCAGUCAGCCUAGCUAUUCAGCCUCCGGUCCCAGCCAAACUUAUAGCACCUAUACCCCUUCGUCUGGCGUGCAAACACACCCCAAGGAGGAGCGUGAUAGCUGGUUGUCUACCCAGGAGCAAGAGGCUGAGAUCGCCCGGGAACUUAACCUCACCGAGGAUUUUGAUGACGACGUCUACGAGAAUUACCAGCUCUACGGCAUUCUCAAUACCAAGAUCGUCGGCUGCCGAUUCUAUGACGGGCAGGCAACUGUGGGUGAAUAUGUCAAAGUUCGACGUGAGCCUAGCAACCCAUACGACAGCAACGCCAUCCGAAUCGACAACGUCCUCCGUGACCAGAUCGGCCACAUCGGCAGGCAAGUAGCGGCUAAAUUGGCCCCGUUGAUGGACUCAGGCGAACUGCUGAUUGAAGGCUGUUUGACUGGACAAAAGUCCUUCUAUGAGUGUCCAAUUGGGCUCAAGUUGUUUGGUACCAAUGAUCCUGUUGCUGCUUCGGCUCUGGCUCGUAGGAUGCAGGAACUGAGGCUGCCUCUAAAUGAGUAUGGCAAGUCCAAAAGACGCCUGCAAGAGUUGGAGAAGGAAAGAAAAGCCCGAGAGAAAGCAGCUGCAGCUAUGGUCAAAAAGGGUAAUGCUGUCUUCGACCACGAGGGUCCAAACCGGUAUAGCAACUUCAAUGCUGUGGGCUUAAAUCCUAGCCAGCCUCAAGAAAGCAUGGCUCAGCUUCUAAGCGGAACGACAACCUUCAAUCCUCGUGAUGUGCAGGAUGUCGUCAACAAGAUCGGUGCAGGCGAAGACGUUCUUGAAAAACUGCCUAUGGCGGAGCAACCCAAAGAGCUCGCCACCAAUUUGCUGCCGUAUCAGCGACAAGGUCUGAAAUGGUUGUUGGACCAUGAGUCGCCCGAUUUGCCGAAGGGUCGUGAUGAUGUUGUCCAGAUGUGGAAGAAGAAUGGCAAGGUGUACAGCAACAUUGUGACUAACUUCUCCUUCACCAAAGCUCCGGACCUUGCCAGUGGCGGUAUUCUAGCGGAUGAUAUGGGCCUUGGCAAAACCAUCCAGAUAAUUUCUCUUGUCAUGGCCGAUCCACACAAAAAUGGUCAGCCGACCCUGAUCAUUGCACCUCUCUCUGUCAUGAGCAAUUGGAGCUAUCAGGCAUCUCUCCACGUCAAAAAGAAGUACUUGCCGAGGGUAUUGACAUAUCACGGCCGCGAAAAUAAAGAUCUGUCCCCAGCCGAGUUACAGAACUACGACGUUGUGAUCACGACAUACCAAACCAUGACGCAGGAACUCUUCCCUUCUGGCGCUUCGAAGCCUGAGAAGACACCGGCUGCCAAGGGUUUGUUCUCGGUGACCUGGCGUCGUAUCGUGCUGGAUGAAGGUCACCAGAUCCGCAAUCCCAAGGCCAAAAUGUCACUCGCGGCGUGCACUUUGGAGGCCAAAUCUCGCUGGGUAUUGACGGGUACGCCUAUUGUGAACAGUCUGAAAGACCUAUUCUCCCAUGUCAAGUUCCUGCGCUUGUCAGGCGGGUUGUCAGAGUUCGAAAUAUUCAAUUCUACCCUGAUUCGACCUCUUAAGAAUGGCGAGAAUGGGGCUCGACUGCUCUUGCAAGCUCUCAUGUCGACAUUGUGCCUGCGUCGCAUGAAAGACAUGAAGUUCAUUGAUAUCAAACUUCCGGAGAUCACCUUCCACAAGUACUCUGUCAAUUUCCUUCCACACGAACGCGAAAGGUACGAUGCUUUCAGGAGUGAAGCCCUAGGCUAUUUGGAAGCCGCCAAGGCGAAAAAGGGAGAAAACAGUAUGACGCAUCUGCUUGAAGUCAUCCUCAGAUUGCGCCAGACUUGCAAUCACUGGAAGAUGUGUGGUGACGAACGGGUCAAGAAGCUACUGGAGCUCGUUGAGGGAAACAGUACAGUGGACGUGAUGAAGCCGGCCAAUCGCAAAGCUCUGCAAGACUUGUUGCAGCUUCGAAUCGACUCUCAGGAAGACUGCUGUGUCUGUUUGGACACGCUCAAGAACCCGGUGAUCACCGCUUGCGCUCAUGCCUUCUGUCGCGACUGUAUUGAGAGAGUUGUUGACACGCAGCGCAAGUGCCCAAUGUGUCGUUCUCAGCUCGACGACAAAGAGAAACUGGUUGAGCCAGCAGCAGGCUUCGGUGAAGGUGAUGAGCCUGAUCUUGACAUCGAUCCGGAAGCCACUAGCAGCAAGAUUGAGGCACUGGUCAAGCUUCUCAAAGCCGCGGAAGCCGACUCGGCCGUCAAGACGGUGGUAUUUUCGCAGUGGACAUCCUUCUUAGAUCUUGUCCAAUGUCAGCUGCAGCGACAUGGCAUGAAUUUUACACGACUGGACGGCAAGAUGAACUCCGCUCGCCGAGACGCGGCAAUCGAUGCUCUUAAUACAGAUGAGUCGUGCAAGAUCAUGCUAGCCUCCCUUUCUGUUUGCUCUGUUGGCCUGAACCUCGUGGCUGCCAACCAGGUAGUCCUGGCAGAUUCUUGGUGGGCACCUGCAAUCGAAGACCAGGCGGUUGAUCGGGUUUACCGCCUCGGCCAGACCAGGGACUGCAAAGUUGUGCGCCUCAUCGUUGAGGAUACUGUCGAAAAUGAGGUGCUUGAGAUUCAAGCUAAGAAGAGAAAGCUCGCCAGUGACGCAUUUGGUGAGAAAGAUCCGGGAAAGAAGAGGCAGGAGCGUGCGGGAACCUUGAGGGAUAUCGAGAGGCUGUUGGCUUAGAGGGGAGUUUUUCGCCGGAUCACCUGUUGAAGAUACCCUGUUCGUAUAUUGAUUGUUUCCAUGAAGGAGUUCGGAUUUCUGCUACAAUGUCGGAGUUCGGCUGGUCAGGUACACGAUGUGAUGGGCAAACCACUACAAAUCAGACAAG